CAAACAAAUUCAAACACCACCACAUCGAAACCUUCAAAAUGUUCAAGAAGAAGCCAAACAUCAAACCUCUCUCCCCGCUCAAAUCCUCCGACCGCCGCCGCACCGCCGACAGCAUUAUAGCAGACUUCGGCAUCGUCCUCCCCAUAGACAAUGACGCCGAUGCCAACCCCGAGGACAAGACAGCGUCAGUAGCUGCACUCACAACUCUGAGGCGGUCUCUCCUCCCCGAGAACGCGCAGUCCGCGAGGUUCACGACGACCGCGGGCCCGGAGCUCAGGCAGAUAUCCGGCACCGUGUAUGUAGGCGCCCACGACGGUGAGGAGCAGCGCAUCCUCUGGGUCAAGGUCGAGGAGACGCUCUACCCUACCGUCUACACGCUAUGGCACAACCCCGGCAUCCUCCCCCUCCUCUAUACCCCCCACGCCGUGGUCGGGAAGCUGCAGAGCGGCGCCGACCUCAUGACGCCGGGAUUACAGCGUGGGCCGCCGUUCCCCGCGAAGGCGAAGCAGGGCGCGGUUGUGGCGAUUGCGAGCUUGGAGAGCCCGACUGUGCCGAUGGUGGUGGGGAGGUGUGAGAUUGAUGUCAGUGCGUUGCGAAAGGUGCAGGGUGCGAAGGGGCAUGCGGUGCAGACGUUUCACUGGGCCGGGGAUGAGAUAUGGGGGUGGAGCUCUGGAGGGCGGCCGGGUGGGCAGGCCCCGGAGCACCUCGAUGGAUGGGAUGUGGGUGGGGGAGAUGACGAGUUGGCGGAACAGGCCCAAGAGUUGGAUCUGGAGGAUGGUGAUGGGGAGGGGGGUGUUGAGCUGCAGGCUGAGCGGUUGAAGGCGGAGCAAGAGCAAGAGGUGGAAGGGGAGGAUGUGCCGGCGAAUGAGGGGUUCGUGGAUGUGUUGGAGGAUAGGGAGUUGAGUCAAAAAGAAAUCGACGACGCAUUCCGAGACGCAUUCCUCUACGGCGUCACACACCACAUGAAAACCAACAAGAACCAACCCAGCUAUGGCCUCGAGUUCCCCCUCUCCCAAUCCAUCGUCAUGUCGGCUCUAGUCCAGCCUUUCCUACCAGCGUAUACCCACGCCCGAGCAGCAUCACUUCAAAUCAAGAAGACGAGCUGGAAGAACAUCAAGAAGUUCAUCAAGUCCCUCGACAAAGCAAAGAUGCUCAAGGCUAAAGACCGAGAUGGAAACCAAGUCGUCAUCCUCGAUAUUGACUUUGCAGAUGACGCCUUCACAUCCUUCAAGCCGUAUCGACUACCCAAGAAGGAUCCUCCCGCCUCGGCCCUAGCUUCCAACGGCAAAGCACCAUCCGCUCCAACUGACUCCUCCGACCCUUCCAUAGGCCAGAAACUCAAGAUCCAAUCCCUCCUCCACGCAAAAGACAAGCUCGCCCCUAUUUUCACACCCUCGAACUCCGACCCUAGGGGUUACUAUCCCGCAUCCGAGCUCAAAUCCAUCCUUAGUGCCUAUAUCGAAUCUGAGAACCUCGUCUCUCCAAAGAACAAGCGCCUCAUAACCCUCAACCCCCUCAUCGCAAACACCCUCUUCACGAACUCAGCGCUAGACUCCCAAGCCCUCGCCGCCGGCGCCAUCCCGCGCGACGUACUGACGGAGCGCUUCAUCGCGGCCUCUGCGCCCUUCCACGUCAUCGCGCGCGAGUCUCCCCCCUCUAACGACAACGUCAAGCCGAAGGCGGGUGCGCCGCCUAAGAUCCAGAUCGUCCUCGAGACGCGCACGGGCAGCAAGACGGUGACGAAAGUGCACGGCAUCGAGCCAUUCUUCAUCCAGCCGCAGGCUUUGGCGGACGAGUUGCGGAAGGCGUGUGCGAGCAGCACGAGCGUGGAUAAGCUGAUGGGCAGUAGUCCGAAGAACCCGGUCAUGGAGAUUCUGGCGCAGGGGCCGCAGAAGGAUGCAGUGUUUAAGGCGCUGGAGAGGAGGGGGGUAUUGAGGGGGUGGGUUGAGGUGGUGGAUAAGACGAAGAAGAAGAAGAAGUAGGGGGAUGGUUGGUGUUUGAAAAAGGCAGAUUGAUUGCGGUGGAGUAGGCUCGUGGCUAUGGUUCUCGUGGCACUGGUUACGGGUUUGAUAGCCAGUUGAGGUAGCUGAGGGAGCUCAUACACUGCUGGGUCCUGCAUACACAUAGGCAAUCAUCUUUUGCUCUCUCGACUUUCCCUUGCUAGGACCUGCCCAUCUCGCUCUACUUUGCCUAUAUCAACCUAUCCCGUGGAAAUUUCAGAGCCUCAUAUUUAGCGGAAGUAGCAGUAUUUCCAACCGCCAUACGUUUAGUCGAAGGACCUUGACCUCUCUUCAAACACUUCACACAAUUACGCAAACACCUUGAUUGGCGCUUCUUAGAAUAGAAUAAGCAACGCUGGCUAACUGUAGCUAAUUACGAAACUUAAUCACGAU